GAAGGGGUGAGUCUGAUUGGCAGGGCGUGGCCGACAGUGUGCGACGAACAUGGCGGAGCGCGUGAAGAAGCGACCCUGCGGCCCGGGUGAACAUGGCCAAAGAGUCGAGUGGCGAAAAUGGAAGCAGCAGAAGAAAGAGGAGAAAAAGAAGUGGAAAGAUCUCAAGCUGAUGAAAAAACUGGAGCGGCAGCGGGCACAGGAGGAACAGGCAAAGCUCCAGCGGGAAGAAGAGGCAGCUGCACAGAGGGAGGACCAGGGUCGGCCCUACACCCUGAGCGUGGCCCUGCCCGGCUCUAUCCUGGACAAUGCCCAGUCACCAGAACUUCGCACCUACCUGGCUGGCCAGAUCGCCAGGGCCUGCACCAUCUUCUGUGUGGAUGAGAUUGUAGUGUUCGAUGAAGAAGGCCAGGAUGCCAAGACCGUGGAGGGAGAAUUCAGGGGAGUCGGCAAGAAAGGGCAGGCGUGCGUGCAGCUUGCUCGGAUCCUGCAGUACCUGGAGUGUCCACAGUACCUAAGAAAAGCGUUCUUCCCCAAGCAUCAGGAUCUCCAGUUUGCAGGGCUUCUGAACCCCUUGGACAGCCCUCACCACAUGCGUCAGGAUGAGGAGUCCGAGUUCAGAGAAGGCAUCGUGGUGGACCGGCCCACCCGGCCAGGCCAUGGGUCCUUUGUCAACUGUGGCAUGAAGAAGGAGGUGAAGAUUGACAAGAACUUGGAGCCUGGACUUCGGGUGACGGUCCAGCUGAACCAGAAACAGCUCCCAGAAAGCAAGACCUACCGGGGAAAAGUCGUGUCGUCGCAGGACCCUCGCACCAAAGCCGGUCUGUACUGGGGCUACACAGUCCGACUGGCCUCCUGCCUCAGUGCUGUGUUUGCUGAGGCCCCCUUCCAAGACGGGUAUGACCUGACCAUUGGGACGUCAGAGAGAGGCUCGGAUGUGACCUCUGCCCAGCUUCCCAGCUUCAGGCAUGCUCUCGUGGUGUUUGGGGGCCUCCAGGGGCUGGAAGCUGGAGUGGAGGCUGACCCCAACCUAGAGGUGGCUGAACCCAGCGUCCUCUUCGAUCUGUAUGUCAACACCUGUCCUAGCCAGGGCAGCCGCACCAUCCGCACUGAGGAGGCCAUCCUCAUCUCUCUGGCCGCCCUGCAGCCUGGCCUCACCCAGGCGGGCGCCCGGCCCAGCUGAAGGUGCCAUCAGGCAGAAGACAGCAAGGCAAGCAGGAGGGAAGCUAAAGGCUCCUGAGGGUCCCCUGGGACAGACACAGCCAGGACUUCUGUCUCCAAAAAUCACCACCUUUAAUGUGACCCAGCCCCCCCAGUCCGGCGGGGUACAGCCUUCACUUGCAGCCUGCAGUGAUGGCCUUGACGCUGCCUGCCCGCGCCAGAAUAUUUGGCACAAAGAGCAGCCCCGAAGCUCGUUCGAUGCUCUCAAUGGGCACCAGGAAGCGUUCUAGCGGGACCGCCUCGUCCACGGGGGCGUUGGGCAUCACGUAGGAGCGCAGUUCGAUUUGCCCGCCUGCUGCCUCCAGGAUCAGUACCUUGAAGAAGUGGGUGGGCACCGCCACGUGGUUCUUGCCGAUGACCUGGUACUUCACAUAGGACUUCCCAUCAGCCUCCGUCCUGCGGGCAGAGCGGGGCACACGUGGCCUUUCUGAGCUCCCAAGGGGUCUGGUCGGACCAGAGGCUGCACCUCCAGGAAGCCUUCCCUGACCUGACUUGCACCUGACUUGCACCUUGUGUCAGCCCGUAGCACUGCCCCCUCAGCAGGAGGCGUCCAUGCCCUUCCUGGCUCCCCCAGGAGGCAGGAGGUGCUCCCUGCUGGGUAGACACACCCUUCCCCUGUUUUCCUCAGGCCCAGCAACAGGUCAGCAGGGUGGGGGUGGCAAUAAAUGCUGUUAAGAGAA